GGAAGUGGAGCCCCUCUGACGGCGCUGCCGGCGGCGGUAACGGGGCCCGGGCACCGGGGCGGGCCCGGCGGCGGAGCUGACGUCACGGGCCGCGAGGGAUGCUGGGAAACCCCGGGAGACACCGCUCCAUGGAUCCGUGCCCGAGCAGGCCCAAAGCCCCGUCCUUCCUGUCCGACCUGGGCAAGGCCACCCUGCGGGGCAUCCGCAGGUGCCCGCGCUGCGGCACCUACAACGGCACGCGGGGGCUCAGCUGCAAGAACAAGACGUGCGGCGCCGUGUUCCGGGCGGGCGCGCGGCGCCAGCCCGGCGCCGAGGCCGUGCGGCUGCUGGGCGGCUCGCGCGGCCAGCUCUACUCGGUGCGCCAGCGCCACCGGCGCUGCUUCGUGGAGCUGGGCGUCUCCGAGACGGCCAUCCAGACCCCCGAGGGCACCCUGAUCACCCAGCUGAGCUCGGGGCGCUGCCACGCGCCCGCCUGCGCCAAGGCGGCGGCCGACGGGCAGUGCCAGCACCUGAAGCUGGCGCUGGGCUGCCAGGCCGAGGCCACGCCGCUGCCGCUCAAGAGCUCGGUGCUGGGCGCCGUGCAGGCUCCCGCCGAGGCCAAGCAGAGCCUGUGGGAGCUGGCCACCGAGCCCACGGGGCCGCUGGUGCAGAGGGUCACCAAGAGCGUGCUGGUGGUCAAGUGCAAGGCCAGCCAGAGGCACAGCCUGGGCUACCUGCACGCCAGCUUCGGCCAGCGGCGCUUCUCCUGCGCCUGCCGCGCGCCCGGGCACGGCCGCGCCGAGCCGGACGAGGAGGAGGAGGAGGAGGAGGAGGAGGAAGAGGAAGAGUCGCCCCCCGAGCGCUGCAUCCACUUCCUGGCCUGCAUCUGCGCCUUCGCCAGCGACGAGAGCCUGGCCCAGGAGUUCUCCGAGUUCCUGGCCUCCGACGGCAGCGGUCUGAAGGGGACGCUGAUCCCGCAGCUGCUCCGUGGCCCCGGCUCCGCGGCGCGGGCUCGGGGGGCGGCUGCCGCCAAGGCCAAGAGGAGGAGAAAGGACCUGGGGCCAGGCCCACAGGUGCCCGGGCCCCUGCUGGCUCCAGACCCGGCUCAUCCCGGCCCCAGGAGGAGCAGCCUGAGGAAGCUGCCGGUCGUCUCCUCCUCACCCUCCUCCUCCUCCUCCUCCUCCUCGCUGAAGAGACACGGCUGUCACCAGGUGCUGGACGAGUCCCAGGUGUCCCUGUCCUUCCAGGAGUGGCUGGGCAGUGUCACGGAGCGCAUCCACCAGACCAUGCACUACCAGUUUGAGGGCCGCCCGGAGCCGCUGGUUUUCCACAUCCCCCAGUCCUUCUUCGAGGCUCUCCAGCAGCGCAUCUCCAGCGGCAGCGGCAAGAAGAGGCUCCCCAACUCCACCACGGCCUUUGUGCGCAGGGACGCGCUGCCCCUGGGCACCUUCUCCAAGUACACCUGGCACAUCACCAACGUCCUGCAGGUGAAGCAGAUCUUCGACACGCCCGAGGUGCCGCUGGAGAUCACGCGGAGCUUCGUGCAGAACCGCGACGGCUCCUACGAGCCCUUCCGCAGCCCCCGCGUGGCGGUGGAGAGCCUGCCCGAGGGGCUGGGCCCGCACGAGAAACAGCCCCCGCUGCGGCCCCUGGAGCUGCAGACCUUCCUCAAAGUCGGUGAGGCCCGGGGGGGCUCGGGGGGACCCCAAAAACAGCCCGGGAAAGAGCACAGCAUGAUCCCAAAACAGCCGGGGGAAGGGCAGGGGUGA